UUGAUUAAGAGGCGUACAGAGUAUGGAAGCGUUCUGCAUUCGUUAUCCCCCAUUCAAGCACUUGUGCUAUACAUUGACGUCGCCGUCGCGUAAUCACCACCGUGUUCCAAAUCUCCGACAUCAUGGUGGCGUUGGCCGUCGAUCGGCCAUGAGUUUCUCGAGUCUUCAACGAAUCACAACCGCUCUUAAUCGAUCUCAUCGCAAUCCAAUUCAAUUUUCAGUCAGAAACACAAGUUAUCUAGAUCUAAGUAUUGAUUUCAAUUUCAACAUCACCAUGGAUGAUUCUCAUACUAAGAAGGAAGUCCAAUCCGGUGAUGGCUUGAACGUUGUUAAGGAUACAAAGGAAACGAAAAAGUCGCCGGAGAUCCCUCCGCCACCGGAGAAACCAUUGCCGGGAGAUUGCUGUGGCAGUGGUUGUGUUCGCUGCGUAUGGGACAUAUAUUAUGAUGAGCUUGAAGAAUAUAACAAACUUCUAAAGGGAGAAUCCGAUUCUUCAAUCGGAUCAAAGGUUUCUUAACAUUAUGCACAAAUUAAUCGAUUUUUGUCACAUAUAGAUCUGUUUGAUUUUCAUGUAUACAAUUCAAUUGGAUAUGUUUACUGUAAUCUUAUGAACUUCACUAGGUGCUAUAUAACUCGAUGCAUCUGAAAAUACCAAUCGGUUUGAGAUGAUUAUUGCAACAUAUCUUGAUUAAACUUUGUUUUCA